UGUCGGGGAGUCGCGAAGAUGGAGUAAACACCACCACCACCACUACUACUACAUCCUGAUUUUAUUUCUUAGCUUCAUGCUGGACUGUGCCCCGCUGUCAUCCGAGAUAUCACACACAUCCCGCAGGCUGCUGUGCUCCCAACGAUGGCCGACCGCGGCGUUGAUCUGUCGGCUCUGCCUAAAGAGGUCAGGGACCAGCUGGCGGAGUUGGAUCUGGAGCUAUCCGAAGGUGACAUUACACAGAAGGGCUAUGAGAAGAAAAGGACCAAACUCCUGGCUCCCUACUUCAUCCAUACUCCAGUGGAGCCGCCCCGUCAGCCUGACGUGCAGCCUCCCGCUUCCAGUUCCUCCUCCAACCAUGCCCCUCCCCCCUCCGGCUCGUCCCGUUACAGAGAACGUCACUCCCGCAGAACACAUCGCAGUGGAGGGACCAGGGAUGACCGCUACAGAUCAGAUAUCCAUACUGAGGCAGUACAAGCUGCUCUGGCUAAACAUAAAGAAGAGAAGAUGGCACUACCCAUGCCUACCAAGCGACGCUCCACUUAUGUGCAAUCUCCCAUUGAAACCCGCACACCACCAGACUCCUCAUCAGGUUCUGAAGAUGAGACGUCUGUGCGCAGGCAGUCCUCAGUAGUCGCUCCUCCGCCUAUGGUCAAUCCCAACCUGCAGAGCCCGGACUCUUGGAUCAACCGCACCGUCCAGGGCUCCUCCACCUCCUCCUCGGCCUCCUCAACCCUGUCCCACGGAGAGGCCAAGCCUCAGCCUCAGAGCCAGCCUCAGCCUCAGCCUCACCCUCACCCUCACCCUCACCCUCACCCUCAGUCCCAGCCACAACCCCAGCCCCAGUACAAGCCGCAGUACCAACCUCUGUAUCAGCCUCACUACCAACCACAGCACCAGCACCAGCACCAGUCUCAGCAACAGUCACAUGAACAUCCCCACGCUGCAGCUGUGGCGGACAUGCUGGCUCAUAGUCGCAUUGCCCCCUCAGAGAAUAGCGGCCCCCCUCCAGAUGUGACAGCUGUGGCUCCUCCAUCCAGAGGAUCGCGGGUGGAUCUACCCUCCAAUGCCGUGGUCCGAGGGAUGAGCCGCGGGCAGAGCCGCUCAAGCAUGAUGGAGACCGCGGAUGGAAGAGGUAAUAUCCAGAGAGUUCCUGUGAGCAGCAGAGUGUCCACAAAGAUCCAACAGCUGCUCAACACCCUGAAGAGACCAAAGAGGCCCCCGCUCAGUGAGUUCUUCACCGACGACUCAGAGGAGAUCGUGGAAGUGCCCCAGCCCGACCCCAACACACCAAAGCCAGAGGGCCGUCAGAUCAUCCCGGUGAAAGGGGAGCCUUUGGGAGUGGUCAGUAACUGGCCCCCCGCCCUGCAGGCAGCGUUGGCCCGUUGGGGGGCCACUCAGGGGAAGAGCCCCGCCCUUACUGCUCUUGACAUCACAGGAAAACCCCUCUAUACACUGACUUAUGGGAAGCUGUGGAGUCGCAGCGUGAAGCUGGCAUACACCCUCCUGAACAAGCUGGGCACCAAGAAUGAGCAAAUCCUCAAACCUGGAGACCGGGUGGCGUUGGUGUACCCCAACAGUGACCCUGGGAUGUUCUGGGUAGCCUUCUACGGCUGUCUCCUGGCUGAAGUUAUACCUGUACCUAUUGAAGUACCACUCUCUCGCAAGGAUGCUGGUAUCAGCCAGGUGGGGUUCUUGCUCGGUAGCUGUGGUGUCGGUCUGGCUCUGACCAGUGAGAUCUGUCUGAAAGGUUUACCCAAGACGCCCACCGGGGAAAUACUGCAGUUUAAAGGCUGGCCUCGACUAAAGUGGGUGGUGACAGACUCAAAAUACCUGACCAAGCCUUCCAAAGACUGGCAGCCACACAUCCCCACCGCCAACACUGACCCUGCAUAUAUAGAGUACAAGGCGAGUAAAGAUGGCACAGUGGUGGGUGUGGCUGUGUCUAAAGUUGCCAUGUUGACCCACUGUCAAGCACUGACCCAGGCCUGCAACUACUGUGAGGGGGAAACUUUAGUGAAUGUCCUGGACUUUAAAAAGGAUAUGGGCCUGUGGCAUGGAGUACUCACGGCUGUGAUGAACAGGAUACACACAAUCAGUGUUCCUUAUGCUGUUAUGAAGGCUUGUCCUCUCUCCUGGGUGCAAAGGGUCCACAUCCACAAAGCUCGUGUAGCUUUGGUGAAGUGCCGUGAUCUACACUGGGCCAUGAUGGCCCAUAGGGAGCAGAGAGACACCAGUCUGGCUUCGUUACGUAUGCUGGUGGUUGCUGAUGGUGCUAACCCCUGGUCGGUGUCUUCCUGUGAUGCCUUCCUGAACGUGUUUCAGUCCCACGGGCUGAAGCCUGAGGUUAUCUGUCCCUGUGCCACCUCCCCUGAGGCCAUGACAGUAGCUAUACGCAGACCGGGAGUCCCUGGCGCACCUCUCCCCGCCCGUGCCAUUCUUUCCAUGGGCGGCCUGAGCCACGGUGUCAUCAGGGUCAACACAGAGGACAAGAACUCCGCCCUGACUGUGCAAGAUGUUGGGCAUGUCAUGCCUGGAGCUCUAAUGUGCAUUGUUAGGCCAGACGGGCCUCCUCAGUUGUGUAAAACAGAUGAGAUAGGAGAGAUAAUAGUAAAUUCCCGUGCUGGAGGCAACAUGUACUACGGGCUGCCUGGAGUCACCAAAAACACCUUUGAGGUGAUACCGGUUAAUGCUAAUGGAGUUCCCAUUGGAGAGAUUCCAUUUGUGCGGUCAGGCCUCUUGGGGUUUGUUGGCCCAGGAAGCCUGAUCUUUGUGGUGGGUAAGAUCGAGGGUCUGCUGAUGGUGAGCGGGCGGAGGCAUAACGCUGACGACUUGGUGGCCACUGCUCUUGCUGUGGAGCCGGUCAAGACUGUGUACCGCGGGAGGAUCACUGUGUUUUCAGUCACAGUGUUCUAUGACGAGAGGGUUGUGAUUGUGGCGGAGCAGAGGCCAGAUGCCAGUGAGGAGGACAGCUUCCAGUGGAUGAGCCGAGUGCUUCAGGCUAUCGAUAGCAUCCAUCAGGUGGGCCUCUACUGUCUGGCUCUGGUCCCGGCCAACACCUUACCUAAAACACCCCUGGGUGGCAUCCACAUCUCUGACACCAAGCAGUUCUUCUUAGACGGCAACCUGCACCCCUGCAACAUCCUAAUGUGUCCCCAUACGUGUGUCACCAACCUGCCAAAGCCUCGCCAGAAGCAGCCUGUCGGUGUCGGUCCUGCAUCCGUGAUGGUGGGCAACCUGGUGGCAGGGAAGAGGAUUGCCCAGGCUGCAGGCAGGGACCUCGGCAUGAUCGAAGACCAGGAUCUCGUCCGGAAGCUCUGUAUGUGGCCCACUGUGAUGCAUCAGUAUUUGACAGAGGCUCUACACUGGAGGGCUCAGACUGACCCCGACCAUGUCCUCUUCGUUCUACUUAAUGCCAAGGGUGUAGCAGUGAGCACAGCGACCUGCGUGCAGCUUCACAAGCGGGCGGAGAAGAUAGCUGCAGCGCUUACUGAGAAAGGCAGCAUCAACACUGGAGAGAACGUAGUGCUGCUCUAUCCUCCUGGCAUCGAUUUGAUAGCCGCCUUCUAUGGCUGUCUCUACGCUGGAUGUGUUCCUGUAAAUGUCAGACCUCCGCACCCUCAGAACCUGGCAGCCACGCUGCCUACUGUCCGCAUGAUUAUUGAUGUCAGUAAAGCUGCAUGUAUCCUUACCACUCAAAAUCUCAUGAGGACUCUGCGCUCCAAAGAGGCUGCUGCCUCUGUGAACAUUAAAACGUGGCCAACAAUCAUUGACACAGAUGACCUUCCUCGCCGCCGGCCUCCACAGAUCUAUAAGCCGCCUACAGCAGAGAUGAUUGCUUAUCUUGACUUCAGCGUGUCCACUACAGGCAUGCUCACUGGGGUGAAGAUCUCUCAUGCAGCAGUCAGUGCACUUUGUCGCUCUAUAAAGCUGCAGUGUGAACUGUACUCCUCUCGCCAAAUAGCCAUCUGCCUAGAUCCUUACUGUGGUCUGGGUUUUGUCUUGUGGUGCCUCGCAAGUGUUUACUCAGGUCACCAGUCCGUCCUGAUUCCUCCCUUUGAGCUGGAGAGCUGCUUGUCCCUGUGGCUGAGCACGCUCAGUCAGUACCGUAUCAGAGACACCUUCUGCUCCUACUCUGUGAUGGAGCUCUGCACUAAAGGACUUGGCACUCAGACUGAGUUACUCAAGGCCCGUGGUGUGAACCUCUCGUGUGUGCGGAGCUGUGUGGUGAUAGCAGAGGAGCGCCCUCGUCUCGCCCUCUCACACUCCUUCUCCAAACUGUUUAAGGACGUGGGGCUGUCGUCCAGAGCUGUCAGCACUGCUUUUGGAUCCAGGGUUAACCUGGCCAUUUGCCUGCAGGGCACCACUGGUCCUGAUCCCUGUACAGUUUAUGUGGACAUGAAGUCCCUGCGCCAUGACAGAGUGAGGCUGGUGGAGAGAGGAGCACCUCAGAGUCUUCCUCUUAUGGAGUCUGGCAAGAUACUGCCAGGUGUUCGGGUAAUAAUCGUAAAUCCAGAGACCAGAGGUCCACUGGGUGAUUCUCAUCUAGGCGAGAUCUGGGUGAACAGCCCUCACAGUGCCAGUGGCUACUACACCAUCUACGGAGAGGAGAGUCUUCAGGCCAACCACUUUAACACCAAGCUCAGCUUUGGAGACCCACAGACCUUAUGGGCCAGGACGGGAUACUUGGGUUUUGUGAAGAGGACCGAGCUGCUGGAUGCCAGUGGGGAUCGGCAUGAUGCUCUCUUUGUGGUGGGCUCACUGGAUGAGACAUUGGAGCUAAGAGGGCUGCGCUACCACCCAAUUGACAUUGAAACCUCAGUGUCCCGGGCUCACCGCAGUAUUGCUGAGAGUGCUGUGUUUACGUGGACCAACCUGCUGGUGGUGGUGUCGGAGCUGUGUGGUUCAGAGCAGGAUGCGCUGGACCUGGUGCCUCUGAUAACCAAUGUAGUCUUGGAGGAGCACCACCUCAUCGUGGGCGUGGUGGUCAUUGUGGACCCCGGGGUUAUACCCAUCAACUCCAGGGGAGAGAAGCAACGCAUGCACCUUCGUGACUCUUUCCUCGCUGACCAGCUGGAUCCCAUAUAUGUCGCUUACAACAUGUGAGGGGUUAAAGGGUGGUUUUGGCUUGAUCAGGCAUUAUCCACAGUCUGGAUGCUUCUGCACCAUCAUCCCAGCAUCCGACUUCGGCUUUAGCAGAUGGUGAAAAGGAAAAGCAUGACCCACACGUACUGCCACCCAGCCCUGUGUGACACCAGCAUACCUUGGCCACUGCAUGUCUGUGAUUGGACCUGCCAUGUUUGGAGUUGUUCACUGUGUUUUAUAGAUACAAUUUUGCAAAUGGGACGAAAGCAGCAUGUACUGCAUACGACAAAGAGAAAGCGGCCCCUGUUGCACUUUUUUUGGGGAACGGGUGAAACGACACAUACAACAGGACCACUUUUGAAAUUAAUUGUAUAUUCAUCUCUUCGUGAAAAUCCAUCUUAUUCUGUAACCACAAACCUCUUAAAACACUUCCUUUGUGUAUCAACACAGUUUCCAAGAGCUACUAAACUUCGAUCAACAACUUGAAAUAUUUUUACAUUGCAGCUUUUCAAACAAACACACACAAAUACAUGCGCUGAGUCAUUUCUCACUAACAUGGAUGAAUAAAAGAGGGCAGAAGAAAGCAAACCAUUAAACACGUAGCCAGUGUGUGUGCAUAAUUUUAGAAAGCAUAUUUUGUCCCAUGAAAAUGAAGCCAAAUAGAUUUUCACAACUUUUCUGCCCUAAUAUAUUUCCUGCCUUAUAAAACUUCAGCCAUACAUUCCUAUCCUAAUUUUAACAAAUCUGUUAUUAAUGGCGGUUUAUUCCCUUUUGGUUUUAACUAGUAGUGGGAAACCUGACAGAUAUCCAAAGGGAUCAAAAUAAAAGAGGAAAGGGGCCAUAUUCUGUACUGUACCUAUAAAGGCCUGUUGUAUUUUAGAUACUGUACGUUACUGUAUAGAUAUUUUUAACUGUAUAAAUGUAUAAAUGCUUGACUUGUCUCUCUCAGUUGGUAGUUUCUGAACAGUUAACCCAGCUGGGAGAUGAUAACUGUAGCAGAAAGAAUAUUGUAAAUAAGAUUUAACAGUUUUGACAGUACUUUUGAAGUGGAAUAUUAGUUGUAUAAUGGAGGGUAAAGAUGAAUAACUUUAAAGCAUUGUUAGUCAGGAUAGAUAUAACAUUGCACUUUCUCAAAAAAAAUUGUCUAUUUUAUUAUAACAAUGAGGCAUUAUAUGUAAUGGUUCAGGAGCAUACAUUAUUCUGCAGAGCUUUGAGAGUUUACCGGGAGGGCUAUCACUGUUAAUGCCAGGGACUUUUCCUGUCAGUCAGUUGGGGGGAGAAAGAAAAGGAGAGGAGGCUCAAACCAAUAUCAUGACUGUUUUCAGGCUACCAGGUUAUUUUGUAAAAAGGUGAAAGAUAGUCCACAACUGUUCAUCUAAUACCCAUCGCCAUUGUACUUUGUAUUGCUAAACAGUCGCACCCCUCUCUCAGUUUCGUAUUGCAUAAUAGAGCAAGUGUUUGAGAGUCUGGCCCUUUCCUUUUCCUCUCCACACUCAAAAAGUUCACUCGAAACUGUGUUUUGUCUUUGUGCAACUUUGUAAAGAAUUACUUUGAAUUCCAACAGGAUUGUUGUUGGUACUGUAAGUCUGUAGUCAAUAGAGGCAAGUCAUCAUGUAUCUGGAUUAUUUUCUGUGUUCAGUCACUGGAUUUAUAAGCACUUGUGAAUGCAGUUGCAAAGCUGAGCCACAGCCUGAGAAACAUCCUUGAUUGGCAAGUGAAGUAAUUGUAUGAAAAAGAAAAGGAUAAAAAAAAUUGCAUCAAGAUGUUAUUUGCAAAAUGUAUUUGGUUUUCAGCUAUCUUGUGCUUUCCUUGUGCUCCUUGCCAUAAUGUAUAGGUUCUUUGUACUGGAUGAUACUGUAUUUCAGUGAUGAACCCUUAAUGUCAACAUGUAAAUAGUUUUUCUUUUUUUUUUUACUUUUGCAAUUGUCCCAUUAUAACAUUCACUCAUGCCAAACACACAAUUUAAGAAAGAUACUUAAAUCAUUUCAAGGUAAAUAGGAAUAUGAUUCAUUGAAUUACUGCACUUUGCACUGGUGGUACUUACAGUGGGGUUCUACUGUGGUGACUGACUGAUGUAACUAUCCCCACUUCAUGUUACAUUAAAUGUGUUCAUUUUAAUAUUUUUAAUUUAAAAAAAAAUAAUGCUUGACAUUUUUUUUCCCCCCAGUUCUAAGUCCACCUAGAAAAAAAAGAAGAGUAAUAGCACUUCAUCUAGCUUUAACAUUGUGUCCUACAUUUGCAGCAGAAUGUUUGCAUGACUCAGCCAAGCACAAGAGGAUAGCAGCUUGAGGCACAUCUCAUCUCGAGGCACAAGUGGAGAGAUAUAUAUGUAUGAAAAUGUAUAUUCAGGGAACUAAACUCAUGACACAGGGAUGGACCAGAUGGUCCCUUGGUGCAAUCUGUGAAUAAUACCCAUUAAAUGUAAACAAAUCUCAUUGUAAUUAAGGCAGACCUUGCAAAUCAGCAAAAAGAGGGGUUACUGACAACCAGUGUCUACCAUCUACCUGCUUCGCUGGGAAGUCUACGAGGGCUUCCUUUGGUUUCCGCUCUAACACACUAUGCAAUCCCAAUGACGGUGCAAUUUAAUUUCAAUAUACAUAAUGCUUAUACAUUUUUUUAAUAACCGAGAACAGAGGACUGAUGAAAAUUAACCAGUAGUGUACUUAAGACUGUAUUAAUCGCUCUUGAGUUGUUCUAUCAAUAUUUUGUGUAUGCACUCUUGUUGUAUAUGAAUUAUUUGGUGAAUUCUAAACCCGCUCCAUGAGGGUGUGAUCCACUGAUGAAUCUUUAGUGUUUUAACUCAUAUAGUUAAGAAAUCAAGGUGGUACACCCCCCUUCCCAUUUUUCUCAUUUGUUUUCUAUUUUGGUUUGUUGUACUUUGUUUUAUACUUUAUGUAAAAGUAAUACAGAAUAAACUAAAUCAUUUAAUCAUU